GUCAUCUUCAUCGACAUGUGAUUUGCUGCUCUUUGCAUUUGGCCACCAUCUCUCAAGUCAUACUACCUGUUGCUACUUCGCUCUCAUCGGGGUAUCCUUUUGCUGCGGAAAGCCGAUCAUCCUCUCAAUGUAACAUCUUUAUUUUGGAAACACUGCUGCGCACCUUGGAGCGUCCGCAGGCAUGUUGCCAUCGGCCUCGUCAGGGGCGGUGGACCCCGAGGACCGCAAAAUCAUCGAGAAGCUCGCGAAAUUGCAGAACAUGUACACUCAAAUUGGGGACCUUCGGACUUUACUGCCCGAGAAGCUGAUCAACCCAGCCCGCGUGGCUCUGGACAACCCUGGUGAUUAUGAGCCUGCAAAGCUUGCCGCCUAUUUGCAGACGGCAGCACAGGCAGGGAGUCGGGACCUCGAGAGAUUCAAGAAAGACUGGCACAGUGACGACGUGCGCGAGCUCUGGCAGACGGUCCACGCCAAUGACUUUCCCCAGGGUGGAGACGCAUGGGCAUUCGACUAUGCCAGUCUCCUGCGGGACGCUGCUGCAAACGAGCAGACAUCCAUCACUGAAAAGGACGCUAGCCGCGACUUUCAGCCCCCAUCUGAUGCCGAAAUUGCAAAGACUGUGAAUGACUUUCGCGCAAGGCAUCCAGAGUUGAAGAUACACGUGUCAAAUGAAGCAUCACUCUUGCCAAUCGAUAUCAGCGUCUCCCGUUUUGACUUUCGAGUUGAGAAGACCCAGUCCCCCGGCGCGACAACGUACAACGUCAUUGACAAGUCUGGCUCAGAAGCAUCGGGUGUAUACGACAUGCGUGCUGACGUCGUUCAAAGCAUUCGAGAGUCGAAGGAGAGGGACCGGCUGGGAAACCUCCUUGAGAUGAUUUAUUCGUUCCACGAUUUGACCACUAGACGAUGCGACAAGUGCAAGAAGCUUCUCGACACCAAGCACCUGAAACUGCCAGUGAUUCGACAAGCGGAUCCCUCAACACCAGCCGAGCAGCUACCUCAGUUUUUGGCGUUCCAUCGACUUUGCAGGUGACCAUUUCGAGCCGUACAUACACAGGCGGGCCUUUGCAGGCCGGUGGCCUCAUCCACUUAUCACGAAGUAACUCGGUGGUGCCUUAAUGCGGCCCCUUGACGUACAGCCACUAUCAGUUCUGGUGGGAAUUAUCCUUUUCCUGCACUGCUGGGGUGGGUUCGCUGCUAUCAGAUGUAGCACACUACCAACAUUGAUCCUUUGUUGCAGAUGGCCUUAGUCUUUUGCUGAGAAGUCAUGCCAUUUUGAAGAGAAGUAUGAUGCGUUAUAGUUGUGACAUGAGUGCUAUGUACCUGCUAGAGCAGGAAUGUCAAAGAACUUCUGGAUUGAAUGAAAAGCCCUUGUGCAGCGCAUUUAUCAUGCACCUGCCUACUCUUGUAUACAGA